AUGGAGGCCAUUGUCACCUCCCAAGAACAGACCCUCGGGCAAAGUGACGUCCAAGACAGAGCUCGAGCUUACAAAAGCCGGAACAAGCGCCCUUGUGAUUUUUGUCGGUACAAGAAGGCAGCUUGUCAUCUCGAAAGCAAACCGCCCUGUGAACUCUGUCUUCGCUAUGGCAAGGACUGUACAUUCGUAGAGUCUCCUGCAAAGAGACGACGUCCCAAUCUCAGCGAGGAACGCUCUCAAGAGCCUUUUGAUUCGCCAAUGUUCGCACCUCUUAUGUUUGAACAAUUCGAUCCCGUUCAAGCAGGCCUGGCACCACCGUUGACUCAAUCCUCUCAUUCACCAGAAUCUGCACAAUCCAUUCCGACCUCAUUUUUCGACAAUGCUCAGGAGCCUUCAUUGGACGUGCAAGGCCCUAGCAACUCUCAGCUGAUUGGCCUGAGCGGCGAGUAUGAUCCAUACCUACUUCGUCGAUAUCGAUAUGACGGGAACAACGAAUGUAUCUCUAGGACGCGCCGCAUACGGAGAGUAGGAGAGAAUGAUAAAAUCCCUGUUCAUUUCCUCAUCCAGCAGAACAAGACUACUGCCAGAGCCGAACCUGCAGAGAGCCUCGACCAUCUGGAGAGUCUAAGAUUGGAGCUUGACCAGAUGAUCAGCAAUGAUCAUGGAAGAAGACUUAUCAAAUUGUUCUUCCGUUUUGUUCAGCCAUAUUUCCCAGUCUUAUCUCGAGAGCGUAGUCUAGACAACGGCGACUAUAGUCCAGGAACGAUGCCCACCUGGCUGCUCGCUGCAGUAUAUGGACAUGCAUUGCCAUACUGUACCUUUGACGAUCAACUUUGUCUCGAGGUCUAUACCCCACCAUCUGCCGACUCGCUUUUCCGCAUCGCCUGGUCUGCUGUGCAACCGAAUUACCACACGCCUUCGCUGUCCGUUGUCCAAACACUUCUCCUCCUUGUGCAGAGGAGACCAACCAAUAAGCAUGUGGCCGAUACGCCAUUCAAAUGGACAAUGAUGACCGACGCUGUAUCGAUAGCACAGUCAUUAGGUCUCAAUCUGGAUCCGAGCGACUGGCCACUACCUCUAUGGGAGCAAAGACUGAGACGAAGAUUAUCCUGGGCGGUCUUUGUUCAAGAGAAAUGGAUUGCUCUAAACACUGGUAGAAGCUCGCACCUUAUGUCUGACGACUGGGACGUCAACCCACUGACACAAGACGACUUCGAGCUCGCUGACGGUAGCGACGAUCGUGUUUACUCGGAACACUUCAUCCAACUGGCCGCAUUGACAGAGAUCGUGGACGACAUCCUACGAAGUCUGUUUUCGAUCAAAGCAGCUAGAAAGCUCUGUACUUCUCUCGACAUGACGCUUGAAGUAGCCAGACCUUUACGUGUACGAUUAAGCCAAUGGUACCAGGAACUACCGCCAAACCUUCUACCGACGGUCAAAGCUAGCUACGGACAGGGCCUCAACGCACAGGGUGGACUGCAUCUAGCCUACAUCACAGCAAAGAUUCAAUUGUUCCGGGCUAUGCUGCGUCCAGAAAGCGAGCCCGACAAUUACGCAACCACCGCCUUGCGAACUGGUGCGAUAAGCAUGGGAAAAGAUCUCUUCGAAUUUGUUGAGAGUCUAGAUACCAAUCAUAUGGAAGCCUACUGGCCAUCAUAUUCACGCACGAACUUUAUGAUAGCAAGCAACUUCAUGCUCCUGCUGUUUGUCACUUCGCCAAACUCUACAGAUGCAAAAGAAUGUUUGGAUCUGCUCAACUCAUGGAGGAGUCUGCUGCGUAUCAAGUCUCGCAGUGGCGAUCUGUUGAACUUGGCCUUGUUAAGAUUGGAUGCUUUGUUCGUGUCUGGUUUGGACAAGACGAUCGAUCUCUCGCCAUCUGCUCUGCAAGUAUUCGGGGAGCAGCAGAUCAAGUAG